AUGCAGAAGUCAGGCAAUUGGUUAGCUGAUGAUAGAGCUGGUGCACGAAACCGUGAGAAGGCGUACGGUUGCGUUGGGUUCGGCUGCGGCAUCGGAAGGCUGGAGCUUACCAAACCAAUUCUCCCACCGGGCCUUAAAGCGGCAACCGAUGACGUGAUUCUGAGCUUAUCAAUCGGUAUGGUCUGGAAUACAGCGAUCUUUCUGCCUAAUCAGGCAGAAACUUCAGUUGCUGAUGCAAUGCAAAUUGUGUACGAGACGGUAAGUGGUGUAUGCUUAGUAGCAACCACUAUCCUUGUAAUAGAUCAAUUCAAUUACAGUGACUUGCAUGAAAUAUCAUGACAAGAAGGCAGCACGAAGCUGUAGGUCUAUCAAAAGUCCUUAAAACCAGGCCAGAACCAGGGGUGACACAACUCUUCAAAAUCUCGCCGACGGGGGUAUCAACAAACUGAUAGAAACACAUUUCAAAACAAAGUAGCCAGCGCUACCAGAACCUAGGUACGCUUCCACUUGAAGG